AUGCAAGAAGAAAUUGAUUCUCUUCAUGCUUAUGGCACAUGGGAUCUCGUGCCUCAUCCUCUUAACAUGAACAUUGUUGGUUCUAAAUGGGUUUUCAGAACUAAAUAUUGUGCAGAUGGGUCUAUUGAGCGUUACAAAGCUCGGUUGGUUGCUCAAGGAUUUACUCAAAUUCUUGGUUCAGAUUUUCACCAUACUUUCAGUCUGGUUGUGAAAGCUGCUACAGUUCGUGUUGUUUUGACUCUUGCUGUUCAGCGUGGGUGGCACUUACAACAACUUGAUGUGAAGAACGCCUUUCUCAAUGGUGUUCUUGACAAACCAGUCUACAUAACUCAACCCCCUGGGUUCGUUGAUCCUCGGUUUCCAGACCAUGUUCGUCGGCUUAAAAAGGCCAUAUAUGGUCUUCGUCAAGCCCCUCUGGCUUGGUUUAGAUUCAGCAUUUUUCUUCUUAGUAUGGGCUUCUCCCAGAGUCGAGCAGACUCGUCAUUAUUCCACUUUCAUCGGGGGCCGUCUACCAUCUUUCUCCUUCUUUAUGUGGAUGAUAUCAUCGUCACUGGUAAUGAUCAGUCUUUGCUACAGAGGUUCAUAUCUCAAAUUCAUAAGGAGUUUGCCAUUAAAGAUCUUGGUCGUCUCAACUACUUUCUUGGUCUUGAAGUUUCCUACACUCACGAUGGACUUUUUAUCGGUCAGGCUAAAUAUGCUCAUGAUAUUAUCAAACGUGUUGAGCUAUUAGACUCCAAGCCUGUAGCGACACCUCUAUCUGCAGGGGAGGUUCUUGUUCGUGAAGGUUCCCCAUUUCGGGAUCCUUCUCUUUAUAGGUCUCUCGUUGGGGUACUUCAGUACUUAACUAUCACUCGACCAGAUCUCUCAUAUGCUAUCAAUCUUGUCAGCCAGUUUCUACAGUCUCCUACAGAUGAUCAUUUUCAAGCUUUGAAACGUAUCAUCUGGUAUGUCAAAGGAACAAUCCAUUUCGGCCUGUCCUUCACUCGUCGUACUGACUCUUCCGUUAUUGGAUACUCGGAUGCCGACUGGGCUCGUUGCAUUGAUACUCGGCGCUCUACAUAUGGAUAUUCGAUUUUUCUUGGGAGAAAUAUCGUCUCUUGGAGUGCCAAGAAACAACCAACCGUUGCUCGUUCUAGUUGUGAAUCUGAAUAUCGUGCUAUGGCCAAUACUGCUGUUGAAAUUAUUUGGCUCUCAAAUCUUCUUCAUGAGCUUCAGUCCUCUCCAUCCUCUCGGCCUCAGCUCCUCUGUGACAAUAAGAGUGCUAUCUUUCUUAGCCAAAAUCCUGUGACUCAUAAAUGA